CCACUUGGAGCAAGUGACUAUUUGGAAUUAUCCAAGAACUUUGAUACGGUAAUCAUUCGAAACAUUCCACAGUUUUCACUGGCAAAGAGGACGCAAGCACGAAGAUUCAUCACUCUCAUCGAUAACUUCUAUGACUCCAAGGUGCGUAUAAUCUGCUGUGCCGCGGCGCCUAUCGAAAGCUUGUUUCUGCAUCAGCAUCACGACAGUGAGUCGGACCAAAGCAGAAUACUGAUGGACGACUUGGGGCUGAGUCAGGACUCCGCGGGGCUCUCCAUGUUUACUGGGGAGGAGGAAAUCUUCGCUUUUCAGCGCACCAUUUCCCGGCUCACAGAGAUGCAGACUGAACAGUACUGGAUUGAAGGGGACAGAAGCAGGAAGUAACUGUCACUUUCACAAGAAUAAAAAAAGGUGACCGGUUAAGGUUGCAGACAGUGAGCUGUCACUGCGUCACUGUGAGAGGUGACGGGCUCACUUCCUCAGCAGCUGUGCACUUUGCCCUGACUGCUGCGUCUGAGGCAGUGGACGGGCACACUGAAGAAGUCUCUCCUUUGUAGGUCCGCAUUUAUUUGGACCUAUUUUUGCAUCAUAAGGUGGAGUCAUCACUUGAAGAUUACUGCAGAGCCUGACGUGUUGGCACCUGGCUGAGUCACUAUGGUUCAAACAGGCGGAGAACGCAGGAUAUCUGUGCAUCCCCAGGCUUCGGUUGCACGGUAGUCACACCUCAGAAAUACAUUUGCUAUAAGAAGCAGGAAGAAUCUUACUUUUCAGGUUAAAACAAAGAAAGCUUUCUGAACAUACACUGAAAGGAAAAGCAUUUUACAUUGGCCUCUGUAUUUCUGUUUGUUGGUUGGUUAUGAAUGGCUUUGAGGUUUCCACUGAGCUAGAGAGAACCUGUGUCUAACCCGUUGGUCUAGGUUGGCAGGCAAUACCUGAUCCCUGAUGGGUUACAAAACCAUCAUGUAAGGAGCAAGUGGAAAAUUUCAGCUAAUAGGCAGGUCUCCCCUCUGACAGACAGCCAAGGUGGGGCAGGUACCAGGAUCAUGACUGACCAAGGCUGGAGGAGCCACACCCACACCCACAGCAGCGUGGACCACCCCCAUCACCUGAGGUUCCCACUCUGUUGACCAGCAUCUGCUUGCACAACAGUGUCUACUCUCUGUCCUUGAUCCUGAGUCGCAGAGUUGGGCCUCAUAGGAAACUGGAAAGGACACUUGACAAAUCUUCUGUAAAUAAAAGCUGAA